CCGCACACCUGCCUCCAUUCUAUGUAUAAUUUUCUAUAUUCACAAUUUCUUCCUCGCAUGCAAGAUAACUUGCUAUAAUCACCCACUUUCACAUUUUCCUUAUCAUCACAUCAUGUAAUCCUCAUGUUUGGAACCUACUUUGUCUCCCCUCCCCCUUCAUAUUCCCUUUAUAGUAGCAUACGUACAUAGUAUAUAUAGGCUACGUAAGUUUCGUCUGUUAACGAUAAUUCCCCGUACUCUCAAUCCGCAUCUCUUACCGUUCACUCACGCCGACACUAGCAUACAACACGCUUCGGUCUGUUCGUUUCAUCCACCAUGACUAUCUUUGAAAAGGAAAAUGAAGAAUGGGAAGAUUUGUCGGACGGACAGGACGACCUUUCGUCUUCAAAAGAGCGGAGAUCAUCUUCUCUUCCUACAACUUCCAGGUCUUCUCGACAAAUUUCCCCUCGAAAACGGAAGCUUGGCUAUCAAAGUUCCCAAACAACCCGAAACACGUCUAACCCUGCGCGAGCCGCUCCACGCAAUCAACAAAGACCCAGAGAAUUUCCUACAGAAGAAUGGAUCGCAGGAAUGUCAGAUGUUGUUAGAUUCACACUUCGUUAUUUAGUGGACGUGCUCGGUGGAGGAGUGCAAUUGCUUCGUAGACCUCUGUCAUUCCUCCUUUUCCUAUGGUUGCUUGCGAUCAUCAUGAGUCGCAUUUCCUCGACGCUCAAAACAGCCUUUAAACCUCUCUGCAUCAUCCCCGGGAUUGGCAGUUCAGCCCUAUGUCGCACAGAUUCUACCAACAUCAAGCUUCCCAAAUCGAAAGGAAGCCAUACAUCUCCACAAUGGGCUGAUUACCCUGGUCUGAUAAAUGCUCAGAGUCUGACGUUCGAGCAGUUGCUUGAUGAUUCGGUGGGAGGAUCGGGACUAUCGCUGGAUAUCAAGAAGGCAGAGAUGGCUACUUCAGAUCUUGUUACCCUUGUCAAGUUUAGCAAACUGACAAGCAAGGAGUUAUUAGCGGAAUCUCUCAGAGGCUUUGUUGAGGAUGCCCGUAGGACCGGACGUGGUUUACAAAGGUUAGGUUCGAAAGUCGGAGGUGCCGUAGAUCAAAUCAUGGCCGUCAACGACUACGCGGUCAACUCGAUCGCCGCCGCACAAGCAUCCUCUCCAUCCAUAUUAUACUCCAUCAUUCCAUUCUACUCUGUCCCAUCGACACAAGAAACUGUUCUUCGAACCUUCGUGGAAGCAAUGGGUGUCCUCUCAACAACGAUCGAACGACUCGUCAUUGAGGCAGAAGUCCAACUCGCAAAUCUCGAAAGACUUGAAGAGCGUCUUUCAGCACUUCAUGAGCUCGUUUCCAGAGAAGAUUCUACCAUAUCUUCAGCUAAAUCAGAACUACUCUCUGAACUUUGGACUCAAUUAGGAGGGAACAAGCGGACGCUUAGCGGCUACGAUGAUCAUCUGAAAUUGCUGAAUGGACUCGGAGAGUAUCGAAAGCAGGCACUGGUUCAUGUUGUGUCUUCUCUUCAAACUUUACGGGCUCUGAGUGAUGAUAUGGAGGAUAUAAGGGAACGUGUGUCUGAGCCUGAAUUGGCAAGCUCGCAUAUUCCUGUGGAAGUUCAUAUGAAUAGCAUACGGACCGGUCUGCAGAGGUUGAAGCACUCCAGAGUCAAGGCUAGGGAAAGGGAGGAGGAAGCGAUAAAGAAGGUCUUGGGUGAGGAGCAUUUUGCUGCUUUGGAAGGUUGAGAUGACUCGGGGUGCUUACAUUAAUUCAAGUCUUUCGGAUCGUUUUGCGGUGUACUAUGUAUCUCGUGCAUGUAUCGCCUUGCUUGCAAGGUUUAUGUAUAUAUUCUCCCCCGGAAUUGGAUAGUUUUUUAAUGUGCAGGCAUACUUUGAACGUGGCCUGUUUUGUUCUCAUCCAUCCCUCAUUCAACAUAUGGAGGCCAUACAACU